AUGGCAGCAAAUGCCCCCGACAAGGAUUCGCUGAGCGUUGGCGGCCCCGAAGAGCCUCAAGCCCCCCAGGCCCCUGCAGCAGCGCAGCUGGCCGCCCCCCCCCCACAGCAGCAGCAGCAGCAGCAGCAGCAGCAGCAGCAGCAGCAGGACGUGUUGGCGGGAGCCGCCGCCCCUGCAGGCGCGGCCUUGCGCAGCGGCGGAGCCGCGCCCUCCGCCGCAGCAGGCGGCUCGUGCUGCAGCGCCGGCGCUUCCCCCGCAGCAGCAGCAGCAGCAGCAGCAGCAGCAGCAGCAGCAGCAGCAGGGUUCGGAGAAAGCGCGCUGCUGAGCCGCGUUCGCCUGGAAGCAGAGUGCGAGUUCGUGCAGGCCCUGGGAAACCCCAACUACGUUUGCUUCCUGCAGCAAAAAGGGUUUUUUGAAAAUAAAAAGUUUAUUUCUUAUUUGAACUAUUUGAGUUACUGGCAGCAGCAGCCGUACGUACACCUCAUUCAGUUCCCCCUCGCCCUCAAGGUGCUGCAGCUGCUGCAGGCAGCAGCAAACCGCAAGGCCUUAGCAGCAGAAGACGCGCUGCUGCUGCUGCAGCACAACUUCCAGCUCCACUGGCUCACUCUCGACACGGACGGGCGGACAAGGCAGCUGCAGCGGACGCAGCUGCUGCAGCGGGAGCAGCAGCAACGCCGGCAGCAGCAGCAGCAACGCCGGCGGCGUUGUCCGGGCACAGACCUUCUGCUCUCCCCAACUGAGCCACGCCAGCAACAGCAGCAGCAGCAACAGCAGCAGCAACAGCAACAGCAGCAGCUACUGAUGUUGCUGCCUUUCUUGCUUCAGGAAUGCGGCCCUCCGUUGUGCAGGCGCUUUGCGGCCCUGCGGGGGUCUGCCCAUAAGCAGCGUGCUGCUGCUGCUGCUGCUGCUGGCAUUCCUGCUGCUGCUGCUCCUAGUGGUGGGGUGGCUUCUGCGGGUAGAGCUGCUGCUGCUGCUGCUGCUGCGAGGCAGCCAGCACCGCCGUGUGCUGCAGCUGCUGCGCAGCACAAGCUUUGGCGACGCCAAGCAGCAGCAGCAGCAACAGCAGCACAGCAGCAGCAGCUGCAGCAGCAGCCACUCGGCCAAGAUAGUGCAAGGCAGCAAGUCUUGCAUGAGCAGCUUCUGCAGCAGCUGGAUGCACUGCUGCUGGCGGCUAAGCAGCAGCAGCAGCAGCAGCAGAUGGCGCACGUCCUGGAGCCAAAUGUUCUGUCUGUGAGCCAAACUGGUUUGCUGCUGAAGGCCAUCUUGUCGCUGCCGCUUCUUGCUGCUGCUGCUUCCUUUAGGGAGCUGCUGCUGCUGCAGCACCCGCUGCUGCAGCUGGCUGUGCGUUCAGUGUCUACGAACUGCGACUCGCUGCGUGCUGCAGCAGCAAAGGAUGCUCUGCUGCUGCUGCUCGUGCUGCCGCCCAGGCAGCAGCAGCAGCAGCAGCAGCAGCCGAGGGUGCGUCUGCAGCGGCUGCUGAUUGCGCGUCUGGUGCGGCGGCUGCUGCUGGUGGGAGUUGAGAUGCAGGAGCAGCAGCAGCAGCACCUGCUGCUGCUGCCGUUUUUGCUGCUGGCAAAGGACCCUUACUUUGCGCAGCAGGAAGGCUUGUGGCAGCAGCUGCUGCAGCAGCAGGUGGCAGCAGCUGCAAAUGGCCCCUUGCUGCUGCAGCCGCAGCAGCAGCAAGAAGCAGCAGUGACAUGGGCCCUGCAGUGCCUCGCCACUGCAGCACGGACUGCCGCCAAGGCCAGCAGCAGCAGCAGCAGCAGCAACAGCAGCAGCGGGAGAGACAGCUCAUUUGUGUACGAGCUGGUGUAUCGCCACCUGGGAAGCGAAUGGCUGCUGACAGCAAGCCCUGCUGCUGCUGCUGCUGCGCUGCUGCAGCUCUGCCGCUUGGGGGCCCUAGAUGGGGCCCUUUUUGCUGCUGCUGCUGAGGGGCUGCUGGCGAAUGCGCAGCUGCAGCGGGAGGAGCAGCUGCUGCAGCUGCUGCAGCUGAUGGCUGUCUGCAAGAGUUAUUUCGACACCAGCAUCAACCCUGCUGCUGCUGCUGCUGCUGCUGCGGCAGCGGCGGCAGAAGACGCUGCUGCUGCUCCAGGACGCAGCAGCAGCAGCAGCAGCGGCAAACAGCCGGCGCUGGUGCCGUCAGACUUGCUGCUGCAGCACCCGCUGUACACAGAGCGCAGCCGUUUGCUGCUGCGGCUGCUGCGGCUGCGGGUGUCUUUGCGUGCAGCAACAGCAACAGCAGCAGCAGCAGUUGCUGAGGGCUUUGCACUGACUCAUCUGCUGCCAGCUUCUGCUUCCUACAAAGCUGUGCUGCUGCGCCGCUGCUGCAGCGGGCUGCUGCAGGAGCUGCAGCAGCCGCAGCAGUUUGCUGCUGCGCUGCUGCUGCUGAGCCGCCUGGGGAUGGGCCACGGCUCUGCUGCUCGCUUUGCUGCUGCUGCUGCUGCUGCGCGCUUUCUGCCUGCACUGCAGCCGCAGCAGUUUGCUGCGCUGCUGCUGCAGCUUCCCUUCGCAAACACUCUUGCUGCUACGGUUGCUGCCCACAAGGCGGCCAAGUCUGCUGCUGCUGCUGCUGCUGCACGCCUAGCGUUUGCUGUGUUGCAGCAGCAGCUGAGGCAGCUGCAGCAGCAGCAGCAGCAGAUGCUGCUGCUGCCAGGGCUGCCAGGCGAAUCCACAGAGACCUCGCUUCCGGUCGCAACACCAGCAGCAACACCAGCAGCAGCACGAGCAGCGGCAGCAGCAGCAGCAGCAGCAGCAGAAGGCGAGGAAGCACUUGCUGCUGCUGAUGUCUUGGUGUCUUUGCUGCACAAGAUGCGCCUUGCGGGUUUCUGCCGGUUUGCCCCAGAAGCUGUUGCUGCUUGCUGCGCUGCAGCAGUUGCUGCUGCGCCUCCUGCAACAGCAGCAGCAGCAGCAGCAGGGGGCCUUGCUGCUCUCUCGCUGCCGCAGCUUGCUGUUGUUGCUGAAUGCUUUGCUGCCCUCAACAGCAGCUUGCCUCAGCCACUACUUGCUGCAGUGCUGCAGCGGCUGCGAGCUUCAGGGGGUGCAGCAGCAGCAGCAACAAUUGUUGCUAUGGCGAAAGCUGCUGCUGGCGAAAUCGCUCCUUACGCCAAGUGCAACACUCCGUUUGGUGCUGCUGCUGCUUCUGCUGCUGCUGCUGCUGCUGCUGAUUCGGCAGCAGCUUUGGAAGGCCGGGCACUAGUUGUAGCUGGACCCGCAGAAGCAACAGCAGCAUCAGCAGCAGCAGGAGCAGCAGCAGCAACAUCAGCAUCGCCAGCAGCAGCACUGACCUCCCGUGAGCGGCUGCCCGCAGUAGCAGCAACGGCAGCAGCAGCCGCUGCUGCUGCUGCUGCGUCGGCGGGGACUGAUGCUGCAGCAGCAGCAGCUGCUGCUGCUGCAGUUGCUGCCACGGCAAAGGACCUGCUGCUGCUGCUGCUGCAGCUGGCUGAGCGGACACGGCUGACAGCAGCGGAGGCCGUUGGCAUGAUGUGGGCUGCUGCUACUGCUGGAGAGACUGCAGCAGCAGAAAAGCUGCUGCGGAGAACUACACAGCUAUGCAUUUCGAAUUGGGCGUUGCUGCGGGGAGACAGAAGCUGCUGCUUGCAGCUCUAUGAGGCUUUAUGUCUUCUUGCUGCUGCAGCACCAGCAGCUGCAGCAGAGGCCCUGGGGAGGCUAGCUGCUGCUAGCAGCAUACCAGAGCUGCAGCAGCAGCAGCAGCAGCAGCAGCGUAUGGCGCAGCUGUCGCCCAUGCAGGAGUUCGAGCAGCAACUACUGCUACAAGAAGAGGCACAGCAGCACCAGCAGCAGCAACAGCAGCAGCAGCAGCAAGAGCAGCAGUUGCUGCUCUCCCCCGUGGCAGCAGCAAUAGAGCACCUCAGCGCAGAUGCUGACGGCCCAUUUAUGCAGCAACUUGCUGCUGCUCUUGGAACAAUGGAAAGCACACUAGCUUCACAGCCGGCAGCAGCAGCAGCAGCAGCAGCAGAAGCAGCAGCAGCAGCAGAAGCAGAAGCAGAAGACGCAGCAGCAGACGCAGCAGCAAAGUGGAGCCUUGAGGGUCCUGAAGAUUUGGUGCCACCACUUCCCCUGCUGCAGAGCAUUACGCAAACUGAAGCAGCAGCAGCAGAUGGAGCAGCAGCAGGAUCAACAGCAGCAGCUGCACCUGCUGCAGCAGCAGAGACAGCAGCAGCCGGAGCAGCAGCAGGAACAGCAGCAGCAUCAGUGCCACCACAGCGAGGAGCAGCACCUUCCAGGCCUCCAGUAGCAGCAGCAGAAACACCUAUAGAAGCAGCAGCUGAAGUCACAGCAACGAUCAAAGCAACAGCAGCAACAGCAGCAGCAGCAGCAGCAGCAGCAGCAGCAGCAGCAGCAGCAGAUCCUCGAGAGUUCCUGCUGCUGCGGCGUCCCCUUGAAGGAGGAGAAGAGACACUACAGAAGGCAGCAGAUGCCUCCAUAUUGGCAGAGCUGCAAAUACUUUUUCGAAGCGCCAGGAGGCCAACAAGGCGACAUUUGGAGACUUGUGUCUCCUUUGGGCGUCUUCUUUCGCUGCUGCCAGUCGCUUCUUUCUUCCGCAGCUCAGCAGCAGCAGCAGCAGCAGCAGCAGCAAAAGGAGCAGCAGCAGCAGCAGCAGCGGGAGCGCCUCCUCGCCCGUGGGUUCUCACCAGCGCGGCGGCCACCCCCAGCAGCAGCAGCAGCAACAGCAGCAGCAGAGCUGAACAUACACCUGACUGGGGCAGCGAAGAGUGGGGAAUUGGUUUGCUGCUGCUGCAGGAAGCAGCAGAUGUUUCUUUUUCUCCUUCUUUGCUGCUGCAGCGCAGAGUUGCUGAACUUGCUGCUGCUGCUGCUGCUGCUGCGGGGACCCGCCGCCUGCCGCCGCACCAGGAGCGGCUGCUGCGCGAGCUGCAGCAGCUGCAGCAGCUGCAGCAAACCCUCCAGCAGCAGCAGCAGCAGCAGCAGCAGCACUUCAGACUUAGGCCUCAUGCUGCGCUGCGCCAGAGGAUUCUGAAAGAACUUUUGGGCUGGGAGAUCAUUUGCUUAAAUGCAACAAAGGUUGCUGCGCUGCUGCAUCCUGCUGCGGAGCAGUUGCUGCUGCAGCGCGUUGCUGCUGCACCACGGAAGGCGCCUCUGCCUUCCAUUCUCUCAGCAGCAGGAGCAGCAGCAGCAGGAGCAGCAGCAGCAAAAGCAGCAGGAGCAGCAGCAGAAGCAGGAGUAACUUGGGAAACAGCAGAGGAGCCGCAGCUGCUGCGUGCUGCUGCUGCUGCGCAGCUGCAGCAGGAACUUUUCUUUAUUUUUAACGAAUAA